UGAAUUCAAAGCUUUCCUGGGAUAUUUCAUGUAAUUCCUGUAGAUUUUCAUAGAAAAACAGUGUUAGCCGGUAAACGUCAGUGUAUUUUGACAUUUUUGUGAAUCGCCAUUAAGUUUUUUUUUUAAUUUUUACUUUUUCUAUUUUCGAUUUCUUUUUUUUAAUUAAAAAAAACAAACGCCAAUCUAUUCCGUCAGGCUUUGGAUUUCCACUUUUACGAGAUCCUUUCGCGAGAAGCAUGUCUAACUUAGCAAACCAGCAGAAGCCAAUUCGGCUGGUAAACGUGGUGCCAGCUCCUAAAAUCACCAAAAUAAAGAAAGAAGUAGUUGAGGAUGAAGAAGAUACGGUGUGCUGCCGGCUGUGCGGCAAGUCGUUUGCUAAUGAGCGCGCUCUGAGCAACCAUGCGCGAAUGGAGCAUAUUGAUGCGUUUGCCAGUGGGGACCCGAGUGUGUGGACACAGGAGCUGUUUGCUGGAAAGAAAGCUCGCAUUGCAGCGGAGAGCCAACUCAUUCAGCAACGUACGGAGAAGAUGCUGUCAGUCAUGGAGCCCACUAGCCUCACCAGCCUUGCCUCUUCCGAUGUCAGCUAUAUCAUUAUUAAAGCGGAAGACCAAGAGCUGUCAGAGGCAGCGUCGGCCGCCAAGCGGCGGAAAGUGGAGAAAGCCAAGGAAAAAGUGGUGGUUAUGCGGAAAGAGAAGGAAGCGCAGCCUAUCACUGGCCCUUUCGAGUGCCUGCAACCGUCAUCGACCAUCGCCGGAGGCACCUGUCACCAAAUCUUCUUCUCUUGCUGCGAGUACUCUGCUCACCACAGAGACGAACACACCAGGCGGCGCAAGGGUGUGCGGUGUCAAGUGUGCGAAGCCCCGCUCACUCCUGCCCACAGUGCUCCUCACGUUUGCCAGGUUUGCGGUCAAGGCUUCGAGACGAUAGACGAGCUGACCGACCACACUAACUCUGCGCACGUGAAGCUCAAGCCGUACGAGUGUAGCGUCUGCCACAAACGGUUCACGCAACAGGGCGGAGUUCAGCAGCACAUGCGCAUGCACACGGGCGACCGGCCCUUCCCAUGCACCUUCUGCCCCAAAGCCUUCACGCAGAAGUCAGGUCUAGACCAGCACCUCCGAAUCCACACGAAAGUGAAACCGUACCGCUGCGUCAUUUGCGACAAGAAGUUCUGCCAGUCCGUCCACCUCAAGCAACACAUGCGCACGCACACACACGUGGCGCCCUUCCAGUGCGCCAUCUGCCAGAAGCGCUUCAAACAAUCCAGCCAUCUCAACUACCACCUGCGCGCGCACAACGCGAACGCCGACAAAGAUCUAUACGUCAACGAUAAGGAAGUAGUUGAAGUGGAGAUCGCGCAAGAUGUCGCUAUGUACGCCGAGGAGAAUGAGACUUACAUCGUCGGCGACCAGUGGGAACAGGAACAGGAGGAGGAACAGGACGAGCAGGAACAGGAACAGGAAGAGCAGGAGACUUAGUAAAGUGUCGGGAGU